UCGAAGUAAAAAUUCUCAGCAGUCCUCUGAUUUUCUAUAAAAUUUGUUUGUUUCUAUCUAGUUACUUCCAACCAUGGCAUCCCUCAUUCCUAGCUUCUUCGGCAGCCGAAAGACCAACGUGUUCGAUCCAUUUUCUCUCGACAUUUGGGAUCCUUUCGAGGACCUCUUCUCUUCUACACUGGCCAAUGUUCCUGCCUCAACUGGCGAAACAUCAGCUUUUGUCAAUGCAAGAAUCGAUUGGAAAGAGACUCCAGAAGCUCACGUUUUCAAAGCUGACCUUCCGGGGCUAAAGAAAGAGGAGGUCAAAGUGGAGGUGGAAGAGGGUAGAAUCCUGCAAAUCAGUGGAGAGAGGAGCAAAGAACAGGAGGGAAAAAAUGAUAAGUGGCAUCGAAUUGAGAGGAGCAGCGGCAAGUUUUUACGCAGGUUCAGGUUGCCUGGGAACGCAAAGAUGGAUCAAGUGAAAGCCAGCAUGGAGAAUGGAGUGCUUACUGUGACUAUUCCCAAGGCAGAGGAAAAGAAGGCCGAGGUCAAGGCCAUUGAGAUUUCAGGCUAAAUCAUAUUUUAUAAUAUGUCUAAACCCGAGUGUGAGAAGCAAUAAAAAUGGAUAAAAAAAGUGUGAGAAUAUGAUUGUGUUUGUUAUGAUGUAAAAAGGAAGAAAAACGUGUUAUUAAUAAAAGAUUAAUAAGUUUUUGGUCCAAAA